AAAACACAAACAUGAACAUUCAACAAGAAAGUAAGUACUACAAACCCUUUAAAACUGUAUUAUAGAACAUCAUUCAUGAUCACCUUCUAUAUAAGAUUCCUAUUCCAAACCUCAAAUUGGUGAGACCAUACCACACAAUCAUCUUUACAUAGGACCACGGUUUUCUUUUCUUACAUGUUACUAUUAUUAUUUUUUUUCUUUCUUAUCUUUUCUGGUACAACUAGGGGACCAUAUAGUUAACAAAAAAACAAACACACACGUCUAUGUAAUGUUAUGUGUAUGAAUUUUCCCUCAUGUACUAAUGAUGUAAUAAUGCUUCUACAUUAGAAUGCUAUAUAUGCUGCCUUUAAAUAUAUAGAUUGUGAAAGCUUUGGAAAACAGAACAAAAGCAGAGAGAAUGGUAGAGUGUGAGGGAAGAAAAGAGAUGGAGGAGGUGAAAGAAUCAAGAUUUAAGAGGAUUUGUGUUUUUUGUGGUAGUAGUCCUGGUAACAAGAGUAGCUAUAGAGAUGCUGCUAUUGAGCUUGGAAAUGAGUUGGUUUCAAGAAAUAUUGAUUUGGUUUAUGGAGGAGGCAGCAUUGGUUUGAUGGGGUUAGUUUCUCAAGCUGUUUACGAUGGAGGUCGUCAUGUGAUCGGGGUUAUUCCAAAGACACUGAUGCCAAGAGAGAUAACUGGAGAGACAGUAGGAGAAGUGAAGGCAGUAGCCGACAUGCAUCAAAGAAAAGCUGAGAUGGCUAAGCAUUCUGAUGCUUUUAUUGCCUUACCCGGUGGCUAUGGGACACUUGAGGAGCUUCUUGAGGUCAUUACUUGGGCUCAACUUGGCAUCCAUGAUAAACCAGUGGGGUUAUUGAAUGUAGAUGGCUUCUACAAUUCUUUGUUAUCUUUCAUUGACAAAGCUGUGGAGGAAGGUUUCAUUAGCCCUAAAGCUCGUCAUAUAAUUGUAUCUGCCCCAUCAACAAAAGAACUUUUCAAAAAGAUGGAGGAAUAUUCCCCACAACACGAAAGAGUUGCAUCUAAGCUAAGUUGGGAAAUUGCAUCUCAAGUUGUGACAUUGUGACAUCUCAAGUUGGGGUUAGAUGGUAAUUAUGAAAAGUGUGUAGUAGAAACAAUUGUUAGUUUAUUGGUUUAAGAAAGUACUAUUAUAUUAUUGGUAGAAUUUCCUCAAGUUAGAAUUCUUUUAUAUAUAGUCUUGCAUUUAUUUUUUGUUAUUAUAAACUACCAAACUAAUUGUAAUCUAUAUGUUCAGUGGUGUAUGAUAAUUAUGGUUUUUCAAGACUGAA